AUGGCCACUCGAUCCUCCUCCCAUCCGAGGGAGUCGAAAGAGGAUGACCCCAAGGUCUCAGCCGAGUUCGGCGCCCAAGAGACCAUGGUCCAACACCAAACCCAGCGAGGUCUUUCUCCCCGCCAUCUUCAGCUUAUGACCAUAGCAGGUGGUAUUGGCGUGGGUCUCUUUGUGGGCGUUGGCUCAGUCCUACGGGAUGCUGGUCCGUUGCCUCUAAUUCUCGGCUACUUUAUCUACGGAGUUUUCUUCAUAUGGCCGACCUGUUUGAACGUGGCGGAAAUGGCUGCCUGGCUUCCUAUCCGUGGAUCUAUUUACGAGCUUGCGAACAGAUAUGUUGAUCCCGCGCUUGGCUUUGCCAUGGGCUGGACGUACUUUUUUGCUGGCACAAUGCUUGUUUGCACGGAAUACUCAGCCGUCGCGACCGUGAUGGAGUAUUGGAUCACCACUGUUAACCCGGCUGUGUGGGUGGCAAUGUCAAUGGUCGUGUGUUACUUUUUGAAUAUGGUUGCAGUCAAGUGGUAUGGCGAAACUGAAUUUAUAAUGGCAUCUACAAAAGUCCUUCUUCUUAUUGGCUUAGUAUUCGCGACAAUCAUCACCAUGGCUGGUGGUAACCCGCACCAUGAUGCAUAUGGGUUCCGUAACUGGUCAAACGGGAACUUCAUUCAUCAGUACUAUACAGAUGGCGCUACAGGAGUGUUCCUUAGCAUCUGUGUGUCCCUCAGAUAUGCCGUGUUCACAAUGCCAGGACCUGAUAUGAUUGCUCUCGCAGCAGGGGAAAUCCGAAACCCUCGAAAAACCAUCCCCAGUGUUGCCAAGAUGGUUCUAGCACGUGUUAUGGGAAUAUAUGUUAUCGGCGUCCUUGCUGUGGGCAUUAUCUGUUCUUCUCGAGAUGAAAGGCUUCUGGGAGCUAUUGAAUCAAAGCAAGCUGGCGCCGCAGCGUCCCCUUGGGUGCUGGGCCUGCUUAAUGUCGGAAUUGAAGGCUUCUUGCCUGGCUUGAUUAACUUUCUGAUUCUUCUUUCUGGCCUUUCGUGCGGCAAUGCCUUUUUGUAUAGCUCGAGCCGAACAUUAUACUCUCUAGCCCAGGGAGGACAAGCGCCUAGGAUUCUUCUCAGAUGCACGAAGGCCGGUGUUCCCUGGAUAGCAGUCACAGUUAUCACCGCCAUCUCCUGCCUGUCAUUCCUUGUGGCAUCCAAUGGAUCUAACGUUGUCUUUCUAUGGUUUGUGGGUCUGACAACGGUUUCUCUGUGCGUCAACUUUACAGCGAAAGCUUGGGUUUUCAUAGGAUGGCGCCGGGCUCUCAAGGCGCAAGGAUACGCUUUAGUUGGGAAGAACAAUAUCAACCAGGCACCUUGGCUUUCCAAAUUGCUGCAUUCGAAGCCCCCAGCCAGCGAAAUAACGGAGAACACUGUUGUAUUCCCAUACAUUGCUCCCUGCGGUAGCUGGACACCUUAUAUGAAUCUCGUUCUGGGAGGAACCGUCUGCAUUUUCAUCGGCUUUGACGUCUUUUCUCCUUUCUCCUAUCGCGGUUUCAUCACCAAUUAUUUUGGCCUCUUUUGGUUUUGCAUCAUGUUCGUCUUUUGGAAGAUUUACAAGAAAACCAAGUUUGUUGAUGUGUCGAAAGUGGACAUUUACGCAGAAGGGCGCAAACAGGCUAUUGAUGAGGAGUGCCGUCAUUGGGAAGACGGCACUAUCGACGUGCUACAGCACGAACAGCUUUCGCAAUACAACAUGUUUGUUCGGGGAUGGAAACGUUUCUGGGGGGAUUAA